CGGAAUUGUUCAGUCAUGAAGUAUUUCACGUCACGUGGAGUGAGAAAGAAAGAGUUUGGACUUGCAGAAAGAGUCGACAUGGGUGUGUCAGAUGUGGAAGAAGCGUCUCUGUCUUUGGACGAAAAGCUUCUUCGCUUUAUGGACCAGCUGGAGUUACUGGAGGAGAAACGAGCCAAACUGAACUCUCUGAUAGAGCAGGGAUGGUUUUCAAUAUCGAAGGCUCGAUAUUCAAUGGGAAACAAACAAGUCUCUGCACUUCAAUACGCCAGUGAAAUCGAGCCACUGGUCUUUGUUAAUUCGAGAAGGCUGGAAAACUGUGGGGUUGAAUUCUGCACUGAGAGACCGAAUCAGGAGAGAAACACUUCAAGUUCUAUAGAAGACAUUGGACCUAAAGAAUCAGGUGUCAGGAGAAGAAACAAACCAAAAAAUGAUGCAGCGGAAAAAGAGGCGAGCAAGGAUGCCAGCAGUGAGAAAACCCCUGAAUUAAAUCCUGUCAAUGAAAGUCACCAAAAUCCUCAACAAGAUCCUCUAAAGUGGUUUGGGAUUUUAGUGCCACAGUCUCUCAAACAAGCACAGUCUUCUUUCAAGCAAGUGAUCGAGCUGUCUGCAGAGAUUGCAACACUCCAGGAUGCCAUUUCAAACAGCAGGCAGGAGCUGAGCCUCAGCCUGAAAAACAAACAAACUGCAGCAGAGCGAGUCGGCAGUCCUCUUGGGCAAGGUGACAAGCUGAAUGGCUCUGGAGAAUCAAAGCAGAAAGACUCUGGAGGAGAGGUUCCCAUCAAAGAGAGCCUAUAGAUUAUAAUUCAUGAUCUGAAGAGCUCAGCAGUCACUCUCUGGUGGAAAACACAUGAAGUAUUUCAUAUUGUGUAAUUUUUUUAAUGUAAUAAUUAUUUUUGGUGUUAUACUGUGACUUGUAACUUUUGUGAGAUGUGUUCAAACUGUAAUUGUGGAUUCCUCAGGUUGAAAAAAUGUUUUGUUGAUUCAUCUUCAACUCCUGGACAUUUUCAAUAAAUGAUUA